AUGGUCAGCUUUUCCUCUCUCGUGGUCGCCUUGGUUGGCAUCGCCACCACCCUGGCCGCCCCCUUGGACGAAUCCCUCAACGCAAACCUCACUGAACGUGGACCCAGCAACUUUGUUCUGGGAGGACACAAUGCUGUCCGCCGUGCCACCAUAAACUACAACCAAGACUACACCACCGGCGGAGACGUUGUUUACACGCACUCAAACACGGGCUUUGCUGUCAACUGGUCCUACCCGAAUGACUUUGUCGUGGGCGUGGGCUGGAACCCCGGUGGCUCUGCCCCCAUCAACUUCAGCGGCAACUUUGGUGUCGGUAGCGGCGUUGGCCUGCUCUCCGUCUACGGCUGGAGCACCAACCCCCUUGUCGAGUACUACGUCGUAGAAGACAACUUCGGCUUCACCACCGGCGGCACGGUGAAAGGCAGCGUCACCAGCGACGGAUCGAGCUACACGAUCUGGGAGAACACGCGCGUCAACGAGCCUUCCAUCGUCGGUACGGCAACAUUUCAGCAGUACAUCUCGAUCCGGAACUCCAAGAGGUCGAGUGGUACGGUCACUGUUGCGAACCAUUUCAAUGCGUGGAGAUCGCUGGGGAUGAAUCUGGGCACUAUGAAUUAUCAGGUUGUUGCUGUGGAAGGAUGGGGAGGGCAAGGUGGCGUACAGCAAACUGUCUCCAACUAG